GACGGCGACAGUUUUUGAUUUCAAAAAAUAAAAACGCGAAAUCACAAGGAAAGUAAACAUACAUACAUAUACAUGUACACACGCACAAGUGCUGUGAGAAAUAGAGGAGCAAACAAUCGGUUAAGGGAAUCGUAGAGGUUAGAUUUAUUUUCUUCCGUAACACGACGUUUGGUAGUUUUAGACCUGACGCAUACAUCGAGCUCCUAUUUUUGGCGGGGGCUCUUCACCUUCUUGACCCGCAAUUGAAUAGCCGAGGAAAAGCAAAAAAUGGCAAAGCGCACACUUGCACCCGCGCCAUCCAGCGCCAACGCUCCUGCGCCGUCCGCGCUGGAGGCAUCCGUCUGUUGUUCCUUCGUAGACGACCACGAGCCGAUCUGCAGAGACGAGCAGCCGGAGGAGGUGCGUCUCAGCAGUGAUGAGAACAACGAAAACUCCCAACCAACAUCAUCUGUCUGCGCGUCAGCAGCAGCCGCUACCGCCGCCUCACCAGCGGACACUCCAGAUUGGACGUUUUUGUGCCCUUUUUGCUGCUCCGCAAAACUCACGGAUCCGGUGGAGCUGCACGCGCAUGUGGGCAGCCAUGCCGAGACACGAGCCGCAACGCACUGUCUUGCCUGCCGCACCUGCGCAGCGCGGUGGUGUGCCGCGACGCACGCGCUGGAGGAGUCGACGCCGCCAGCCUCAAACGGAGAUGCUUUCGUGUACCCCAACCGGACAUCUUUGUAUGCUCCGUGCCUGCAGUGUCCGUUGUGCGACUGCGAUGUUCCCGCCUCUGCAACGGAGAGCUUCCUGACGUUAAAUGAGGAGGCUCAACGGGAGCUGGAGACUACCAUCGCCCUUCACCCGGAAACUAUACGAAACUGUUACACAGGCCUCGCGCCUCUUGCGGAGAGCAGCAACGGUGCAGCCGUGGAGGGCCUUCCGUCCGUGUCGAGGGCGGCCACGCUGUACUGCGGGGUGUGCGAGGAGCAGAGGGCAACGCGCAUGUGUGUGCAGUGCGAUUUUGGCCUCUGCGAUGCGUGCCACAAAGCAACGCACGCGAAGGGAAAGUUUAAGCUGCACGAGGUGGUCGAGCUCGACCAAGUGCGCCGCCGCGACCAGUUGAAGUGUCCUGAGCACCCCGGCAUGUCGCUCGACCUCUACUGCGAGACGUGUUCGACGUGCGUGUGCGUGACGUGCUGCUUUGGUGGGGCUCAUCGUGGUCACGAUGUGUUCACCCUCGCCGACGUGGCCCAGCGCACCGCGGCGACGCUGAAGAAAGACGCACGCGAGCUCUCCAGGACACGCGAGAAAGCGGCCGCGGCACAUUCCGAGCUAGCCGCGCUGUGGGCUCUUUACGAGUCGAAAGCCAACGACGUGGAAGCCGACAUCCAGCGGUGUUUCUCUACCCUGCGCCGCGUUCUGCAAGAGCGCGAGGAUGCUCUCCUCGGCACAUUGCGUGCCGCCUCGGCCGAGGUGAAGCGUCGAUCGACACUGCUGCAGUCCGCCGCCGGUGCCCUUGCGGAUCUGCUCGGCGAUGCGAGCGGUCGCCUUACGAGUUUUCACGAGACGGUGAGUCCCGCCACUUUGAUGCGGGUGGCACAACGCGUGCAGGAGCAACGGGCGUGGACGCUUCGUGCGGCGUCGCGGCUGGCGGAUGAGGCGACCGCGGCGGUGGAUGGGUGGACGUACCAACUUGGGGAAGAGGGCGUGAACGGAUGUCGCAUGGCGUGCUUCGACAUGCUCAACGCGCAAACGCUCAAUGAAAAAGGCAUUUCGCAGUACAGGCAGGUACUCGCAGACCUUGGCCGCCUCGAGGCUUCCGCGGAGCUGCAGCCCCCGACAGUGCGCACCAGCGCCACCGAAAGCGAGUUGGAUCAAGGGAGCGCCGCUGGUGAGGAAGACGAAGAAGUGGAGGAGGUGGUGGACGUAGGACAGCAUGCUAGAGAAGAGAAGCGUGCGGAAGGUCGGUUUGCGUAUGUCCAGCCAGAGUCGUUAACGACAUCGCCGAAGCAUCAAUACAAGCGUUCCAUGUCGCCGUCGUCGUACAACUUUGCCAAGGUAGUGUCGAAGGUGCACGAAGAGGUGGCGGCGUUGCGUACAGCAGAUGCUUCGGCUCCUGUUGCUACUGGUGCCGCCACAGAAGACGAGGUGCCACAGCUGCGUCCGUCGCACGUGUCGGAAGUAGCUGCUCUUGCACCCAACUCGACAAGCCGCGUAACGGAGAUGCACUUGAACAGCGACACAGACCACACCGCAACUGGCAUUUCUCGUGUUGCGGCGCGGCGCUCCGUUACUUCAACGCGCUCCUCCGUACCGCGCUCGCUCGUCAUUGGUGGUUCGCGUGAUGAGGCGUCUUUUUCGAUCUCCGCCGCCAACUCGCGAACGACCUCCUCGACGUCGCAGGUGCGCGCUGCGCUGGAUGCUCUCGAGAAGAAAGAGACGGACCCGUUUUGCGCCUCGUCUGCCACGUAUACGUAUUCAACGAACGCAUUGCGUCUGCGCAGCGAUGACGCGGCGAACUCGGCACGUGACACCGUGCCCUUCCGCGUCUCGAUGCCUCGGAAGCGUAUUUUGAGUCUUGAUCGCAUCGACGACGCCCAGCGCGCCGAUAACAGCCACAAUAACAGCGGCAACAACGUCUCUUCCUCGUCGUCAUCGUGGCGCGCACUGAAGCUGCACCGGACGAGUGUGAUGCAAGACACGACGUUGGCGGAGGCAGCGGUGCGCCCGUCUUCGCUUCCACCCGCACCCUAUUCCGGCUCGUGGGGUUGCUCUUCCGCUUGGCAGACGAGUGGGUCCACGCGGCUGAGUUUCUUCUCCGAGUUUGAUGUGUGCAAGCCCAGCAAAAGCAGCGGAGUGUCGCCGGCGCGGGGGAUGAGCGGCGACACCGCCGGCGAGGAGCACCGCGGAACGGUGAAGCGCAAGACGACUGGGUUGCAACUAGAACUGUGA